AUGCAAGUUUUGAUCUUGGUUACUGGAGACAAAAAAGAGCAAGCAAAGAGACGUUUAUCUUUUAAAGCCGUGGAUUGUUUUGUAUUGGUGAUUUUGUCCCAUGGAACAGAUAAUGGUGUUUAUGCCACAGAUAAGUUGAUAAGAACUGGAGAUAUUGUAGAAGCCUUUAAUGCCACACAUUGUCCACCACUGAGAUUCAAACCGAAAAUUCUUAUUACACAGUCAUGCAGAGGAACACACUUGAGUGGUGGGAUUAAUGUUGACGUUUUUGAUCCAAACCGAGAUGAUGAUAGUUGUUAUCCUAGUGAAUAUCCUGAAUGGAUUGGGAUACCUAUCACAAAAACUAUUCGUUUUCCAAAUGAAGCUGAUUUUUUAUUUGUAUAUGCAGCAGUUUCAGGUUCUGGAGCUUUUAGAAAUGUCGCAGAAAGUACUCCCUUCAUCAGACAUCUGUCGAAAGCCAUCGAAGAUAUGGAAGUAAAUGAAGAUUUUUAUCAUGUUCUUCAUAAAGUACACACAACCAUGGGAGUGACUUAAAAUCGAUAUGGUGAAGCAGAGUAUAAUAAUCAAGUUCAGAUGCCAUCUUUUGUGUCACACUUAACCAAACUGUUACGACUAAGGCAAGCGAAAUAAUAAGCGGUUGUAGAAUAUUAAGUAGGCUAGUCUGUUCUGAUUAUAGCAUGGUACAACAAUAAAGAAAGUACUGUUAUUUUUGUAUAUUUUCAGCAUCACACAACAUAACAUACAACUUUUUGUAAAAUAAAAAGGU